GCUUUAUUGCACCCAACCUUUUGCCAACUUUAUGUACGAACCACCGACGCAAUUGCAUUAUUUAAAGUCAGCGCAUCGUAGAAUCAUACAAGAAAAAUCGUCUCGUCUCGAUGAAAUCAAACUCUAUACUUCCACAACACUCCAAAGCACAAAUUCCACUAAAUUUAUAGGCAUUACAGCUUUGAGAAAGAGAAGCUUAAACUCCUAGCUUCAAGAGAUUAAGAGAGCAAUUCCCUUCCCCAAAAUCCCUGUGGGAGCUCCCACGGUAGAAGAAUUUAUGGAAGACUUGAGAUCCAAAUCAUGUGGCGAUGGAAGAACGCAGCAGAUAGGGAGCUAUAGCGGACCCACUUCGUCGUAUGGGAACGGUAUCCACAGCAUGCAAGAUCUUAGGUGUUACAGUGCAUCCUAUGCCUCAACAACGCGCCCUGGCCAGACCCACAUGCCGAAUACUGAUGCUAAGUUCAAGAAAGGCAAGUCAACAAAUGGGUCUUCUUCAAAGAGCUGGAGUUUCAAUGAUCCGGAGUUGAAGAGGAAGAAGAGGGUGGCUAGCUAUAAGGUUUACACUGUUGAAGGGAAGGUGAAAGGGUCUUUAAAGAAGAGUUUUAGGUGGCUCAAGGAUAGGUACUCUAGGGUAGUUUAUGGAUGGUGGUAAAUUUGUGGGUCAAUUUAAUCUACUUGGUUGGUUGGUUCAAUCUCUCUACUGUUUCACAGCCCUUUGAAUGAAUACGUGGGUAAAGACCAAAGAUGUUUGAGAUCUAACGCAGUGGUCCUGUUGAAUUAAUAAUCGUUUUAAAUUGCUUUGUAUACCUGGGUAUAUCUUUAGAAUUGUUAAUUAAAAUGAUGAGUUUAAACUUUUCUUUCUGUUUGUGGUUCAAGUCUCGUUCGUCUCUUCCCAAAUUGUAAGCUAUCUGAUUCUGAAGGCAUAAUUACAUUGACAAUGGGAACAUGAAUAUUCAAUGCUUGUGGUA